CUGUUUUGUUGUUUGGCUAAAGAUGGCGUUAGCGGCUAACACAGGCGAUUGCAUUUUGUUCCACAAAAAGUAUUCGGCCAGUGGUAACAAAACAUUGAUCCAUUAGAGCUUUAAUCCGCCACUUGAUGUGUGAAAAUAUGUUCCAUUGAGAUAAUACACGUCUACCACGUAGAAUAACGGUUGUUCGGCCUUCUCACGAUGUGAGGCCUGUUUUUUAGGGAGUGGACCGAAGCUGUUGGAACUCCAUCUCCCAUCAGCGAGCGCGGCGUCAGGUGGUACAACUUUCCUUUUUCAUGGUAUCUGUAGUUUUCUGAUCACACCAGAAUGUUUGUUGUUUUGCGGAAACUUUGAAAAAAAACAACUAUGUGAAUGAACUCAUGAAGAGCACAUAAUAACCAGUUGAGUAAAGAAGCUAACUAUUUAAAGUGAAUGGACAUGAUGUUUAAAUCCUCGGUGUGUCACUGUAAGCGUCCAGUGAUGCUCCACAGAGUGAUUCAUAUCCGUCUCUACUGAGAAGAGGACAAUUAAGAUAAUUGAACCAGCAGCCUGUCAGGCAAAGGGGACCAUGGCUGCAUCACCUGUGCAAGGUGACGGGAAACAAUGUCGAGCCCCCUCUCGAGAGGGUCACCCAUCCUCUCCAGAGGCUUCUCUGACCUGGUGCUUGGCUCACCUCUCUAAACCUGGACCAGGGACUGAACACCAGGGGCAUGGCAGGGCUGACUCCGGCGGUGCCAGAGAUGGGGACAAGAGGUCCAGGGUCUCUCAGUGGCGAGCCUUGGUUGCUAUCCGGACGCAGCACAUCAAGGGGGACAAGGCUGGCAUUGCCCGGUUCAGAACUCAAGGUGGUCUCCGGCCCCUGUUGGACUUGCUCAAAAACCCCGAGUGCUCCAGGAAGACCCUGGACCUAGCUCUGAGCAUCUUAGCAAACUGCUGCACGGAGCUACAGACACGCAUACAGGUCCGUAAGCUUGAUGGGAUCAAUAUUGUCGUGGAGAUCCUGAAGGAGAAUAUGGCUCUGGAGACGGUCCAGAACCGAGCAGCCCGGGCUUUGGGAAACUUGGCCAUGGACCCAGAGAGCUCCGCACUCAUCCACUCUGCUGGUGGUGUUCCUCUCCUCCUCCUGUGUGUGUCUCUUUCUUCGGGCCCGUCCUCCCCCACUGCUGCUCCGCCCAAAGAGCCCUGUCCAAAACUGGAGUGCGCUCAGUCGGCUGCUCGGGCUCUGCUCUACCUCUCGGACACGCACUCUAACCGCCUGUCGCUGCUCACCCAGGGGACCCUCACGGCUCUCGCCCCGCUCAUUGCUCCAGAAUACCCCCAGGCGCUGAGGCGGGCGGCGCUCAAGGCCCUCCACGAGCUGACCUGGGGCUGCGGUGUCGAAUGUGCCAGGGAGGUGUCCCGGUCCGGAGUCCUCGCUCAGCUUGGCGCCAUGGCGUCGGGGCAGAGUGGUAAACCUUUUGAGGAGCUGGCGCUGAAAACCCUGGCCAACAUGUGCUCCCAGGGCUGCCUUCGCCCUUUCGUGGGGUCCCUGGGGGUCAUUCAGAAGUUCACAGAGGAGGUCAAGAGGGACCCCCUGAAGUCUGGAGUCUUCCUCAAGGCGCUGUGCUUGUGCUGCAAGGAGGCGGUCAACCGCGCCAAGGUGAAGGAGAGCAGUGGAUUGGAGGUGCUGAUUGGCUUCCUGGCUGCCCAUCAGAGUAAUCCCCUCUCCCGACUAGCCAUCCUGGCCUGUGUGGACUUUGUUUUUGAUGAAUCUGCCAUGGAGCAGCUGCAUGAGUUGGGGCUGGUCCCUCUGCUGGUCGCACGACUGGUUGAGCUCUCCAGAGGCGAGGAACAAUCUGCCGAGAAGAUGGAUGUGAGCCUCUCCUCUAGCAUGUCUCCCUCCGAGCUCCUGCCCUCCUCGUGUUAUGACUCCUUUGACUUUCCUCCUCCUCCUGAGGGCUGCAAGAAGGAGGAAGCAGGUCUUUGUUCAUCGAGCUUUUUAAGUCUCAGGUCCUGGUUGGUGUCUGAGGGACUGAUCUCUUCAGAGGGGGACCUGCUGGACUCCUCUGGUGCUGAAGGAGAAUGGGGGAAUCUUCAGAUCCCAACGGCUCCAUCCCCUCAAACUUCCUCUCCAAACCCCGAUUCCUAUUCCUCUCUUAAAAACUCUUCUCCAUCCAACCCUACUGCCUCUUCCUCUUCCAAAAAAGCUGCUCAGCCUUCCCCCGUGUCCUCUUCGGCCCAGCCCCAACUGUCAUCCUCAUGUAAAAGCACUGAUCCGCCUCCCUCUAGUCCUCCACCUUGCACCGUGCUCACACCGCAAACCCAGCCCAGUUCUUCCACCGUCUCCUCUCCCACUAAAACAACCCACUCACCAGUCUCUCCCUCAAAGUUCUCCUCCCCUCACAGAAGGAGGCAGCGUACUCAUUCAGCAGCUUGUUUGACUAAAGUCACUCUUGAUACCCCUCCGUCAGUGCCCCGCCAGAACGCUUACCACCACCCCUACCACCCCGAACCCUGGACGCCCGAGUCGCCCAUCCUGCUGCUGCUGUCGCGCUUCUCCCACGCCACCGACCCGUCGGCCGCUCUGAUCAGCUCGGGAGUCAUGUCCGGCUUGCUCUACUACCUCACCCAGCACCAGGACCCGAGCAGCAGGUGCUUCCGGAUGCUCUGCCGGCUGAGCUGCAACCCGAACUGUUUGCAGGCGCUGGUCCGAACCGGCUCGGUCGCGCUGAUUCGUCACCAUCUGUGCCAGAGAGGGGGAGGGUUUGAGGGACAAGAGAGACAGACGGACCGAGUGAAAGCCAAAGUUAAACAACUCGGUUUUACUCUUCUUAGUAAUCUGCGCGUCCAGUGUGAGUCUGGAUUCGGCUCUGGGGUUGUUGCCCACGUGAUGCUGUCGGGCUCUGAGUCCGACAAGAUGAACUGUGCGUUGUCUCUGCCGUUAAUCAGCAGCAACAAGUCCUUGUUGAAGAAGCUUCUUUUGGACAGCGGCGGGCUGCUCUUGGCUCUGCGGCCUCUUGGCUGCGAUGACGAUGAUGAGGAUGAAGACCAGCCCACUGAAGGUGGGAAGUUUCUUUCUGAUUGGUUAAAUUCUUCGCGUUCAGGCCGGACUUCUCAGCUCCACUCGCUGUUCUCCUCCCUACUGAUCGGAUGCCUGUCCACCCUGACGGUCGGCAUCAAAAUGGAGCUCGACAAAAAACAUCCGAGUCCAGUCGCAACACAGUCGGUCAGUGAAAACGACGAAGUUUCACCCCCUCCCUCGAAAAGGCCUCGGCUCGCCGACGCCUGUCCCUACGGAGUCUCCACCUUUGACCUCCUCUUGUUGCUGGACGACGGGACUCAGGUCCGAGCCAACAGGGAGGCAGUGGCUGGGGGGGAGGGGACAAACAGGGUCGGCUCUGAGUACUUCUGGGCUCUGUUGAGAGGCGGAUUUGGAGAAGCUCGGGGUAAUGUGGAAGAAGCCAUCCGCAUCAAAGAUGUCAGCACAGGCAUGCUGCUGCCGGUGCUGCACUACCUGCAUGGAUGUCGCCUCACCAAGGACACUGGAAGGACCAGGGAAGGUGAUGAAGACGAGAGGAGAGGACCGUGUCCGGUCUUGGACAAAUUAGUCCUUGAAGGACUGGGGAUGUGCCAAAGAGAGAGAGGGGGUCGCUCAACAGAAGACUUUGCUUUCCAGAAAACCGCUUUAGGCGAGAUGAUGAUUGGAGCUUGCAGAUUUUUGGUGACUGAGUUGCAGAGAGAGUUGGAGGCUCUCUGUGUGUCUCUUCUCCUGUCCUGCUCCACCAAGGCUGCUAGUCGAGCUGCAUCAGCUUCUGCAGUAGACAGAGCUGAAAAGGCCUCAUCUAAAAUGGACCAUGACUGCACCGAGUCUGCCGAGGAGAACCUGGCUAAUCGAACAUCCGAGUUAGAGUUGAGUGGUUUUCAGGCGCAGGCAGAAAUUCUACCAGGACAGACAAAGAAACCAAACUGUUCCCAGCGCCAGACAGACAGAAACAAAACCUCUGGAACCGUUCAAAAGGCCAGCAGAGGACUCGAUACAACUUUGGACCAUAAGACAAUCAAAAGUGCCACUCCAGCCUCCAGAUCAGGCCGUGCAUCAGUGGUGGACAAAUCACUAGAUCCAGAGGAGUUGAGGUUAAGACCAAAGAACUUGAAAAGUUCAGCACAGCGUCUGAAAUCAGCAGCUCAGGACUCCCGUUCUUCCUCAGUAGGAGGUGGAGGAGGUGAAUCCCUGGCUGCUCUCCUCCCCCGGAUGUACUGGUUUUCCCAGCGGUACAGCUACCCGACACUGGGCCGGGCCUGCCUGUCUCUGCUGCUGGGUUGUCAGGACUGUCCUCGGCCCUUCGUGUCCUCCUCCCUUGCUGGGGAUUGCCUUCGCAGACUUGCCAGAGAGGCCGACUGUACAGAGACUCUGAAACAGGAUCUACUAAGUCUGACCACGGUAGCUCUGAGCUGAACCAGGAGGGAAAGAUGGAGUUGAGUUGUUUGUGGCAUGAGUUCAGAAGGCGCAGGUUAAGUGGGAGUCGACUGUGGGGCUCAUGAUCAGCUUCUGGAAGAGUUUCCAUUGUAUUCGUUUUUAUCAAACGUCUGGAAGGUAUACGUGCAGGUUACAACAACAGCAUGAUUACCUGAUUAAACCUGCUGUAUGAACUGACUGUUGAUUUAUUUUCACAAACUGGAAGCAUAAAUUUCAAUUUAGUUUUGAUGUAAUCUGAUAUAAACUGUAGCCCGUCCCAGCAUGACAUAAUUGUCUUAUAAUUUACUAAUGACAUUUGCAUUGUGAUUUCUUUUUUUUUUUUUUUUUUUUUUUGAAAAAGUCUUGAGAUGGAUUUAUAAAUGUCAUUAAGCUGGAAGUACUGGAAUUAUCAGGGUUGGUCUAGUAGCCAGUUGUUUAUUUUGUACAUAGAGAUAAUAUGGAUUAGCAGAUAUACAAUGUAUAGAUCACAACUGUCCCAUAUCAACUUAUGCCACUGAAUAUAUUGUUGGAACAUCACUUUGCUUCUGGUUUCUUCUUGUCGGAGUGUCGGGAUGCAGAGCGACCGCAGUAAUCAGUCGGUUAUAUUAUUCAAUUACACAUCGGAGUCAAACAGCCAUCGGUUGAACUGUCGUAACAUUCGUUAGAGAUUCAUGGUCUCAAGAGGACGAGCCGUGAUGACUUUUCAUUUAGUGGGAAAUAAGAUCUGAGAUUCUGACAUGAGAUGCGUCAGUAAAAAGUAAAAACCCUUCUUAUGAAUUUUGACACUUUUACGUGGCGUAAAACCGGUGGUUGCUAACAAAUGGCUAGAUGAGACUACAGUCUGUCAGGGACAUUGAAUGUUAUAAAACCGAACACGGACACGCCUCUACUCACUAGUCUUGUGUUUGAACUCAAGCUCUUGCAAACUAUGCUAACUAAAACUUUCGAACUUGUACAUUUAUGCUCGAUGUCACGCUAAGAGGAAAGGCUUUUGUAGAAGAGGUAAGCGCGCAAAUUCAAAUUACGAGUUUGAAGCGUAGUGGUGGAAACGUGAAGUCAUGUGACUGUGGUGUAGUUUGUUUAAAGCUUAACGUAAACUUUCUACUUCUGCAGAUUGCAUUCACGCCUCAAAAAUCAUAAAAGUGGUGUUUAUUUGUGUAGAUUAUCUUACUCAGCAAAACGUAUAAGUAUCAUAAACGUUCGAUUGCCACAGAGCUUUUUUUCUGCAAUAAUCUAAAAUCCAAUUAAAAUA